AUGGUAAAGAAAGCUCUGAAUCCUUUGAAAAUCGACUUCAAGAAGGGCAUCAUUGAAAAUAAACUACAGCAAAUCAGGAAUUCAAGAACAACAACUACGCCUGACCUAAUAAAAGUUUGGACAAUUGAAGUUAAUCCGAAGGAUUCCAAAUAUGUUUUAGACUUAAUACGUACGAAAACACAGAAGCAGGAUCCUAUUUCCAUGCUCCAUAUAAAGAGAAUUAGGAAAAUAACAAAUAGUGAUACUUCCGUAUCUCUAGUUGUAGUGAUUGGAAGUGUUGAACUCUUCGAGGAUAAAAACUCAGUCCAAUCUAUGUUACACAGUUUCAGAAAAGACUUAAAGUAUAGUAAUUUAUCAUCAAGCCACGAAAUACCUAAGGAAGGUCCUCAGACUAAAGAACUUAUGCUACAAUGGUCAGAUGAAUAUUGGCCCCUUGUCUGGCGUGGAAAUCCCAAUGAUCAGAUUCUAAAUGAUUAUACGUUUAAUAUGCCAUUUAUCGAAGAUAUACUACUGAAAAUACAUAGAUUAUCGCAAGAGCAAUAUGAAAACGGUAAUAUUUACCCUAUUGUAACAGCUUUUGUGGAUCCAAAUGAUUCUACCAACUGUAUUUAUGCGUGUGAUACAAGGGCACAGCAGGAAUCGUCACCUUUAGAUCAUAGCAUUCGCAUAGGUAUAAACGCUGUAUCCAAAAGAUUAAAAGAAAGAAAGAAAGUCAUAGAUAAUGCUCACACAGAAGGAUACCUAUGUCUCGAUUUUGACGUCUAUACAACUCAUGAGCCCUGUUCGAUGUGUUCAAUGGCUCUCAUCCACUCAAGAAUUAAGCGUUGUAUUUUUAUACAACCAAUGACUAUGACUGGGUCCCUCAAACAUAAAAGUGGUGAUGGGUAUUGUAUGCAUCAACACAAGCUGCUUAAUUCGAGUUAUGAGGCCUUCCAAUGGGUCGGGGACAAACUUGAUCCUCCGGAAAUUAGUCAGUCAACUUGUUGUUGA